AUGAACGAAUUGGUAAAAGAUUUAGAAACGCUUAUAAAUAAAAUUUCUUUAGGUGGUGGUGAAAAAGCUAGAAAGCGUCAUUUGGAUCGUAAAAAGCUGUUGCCUCGUGACAGGUCGCCUUUCUUAGAAUUUUCACAACUUGCUGGGUACAAAUUAUAUUCAGAGGAUAUACCUGCAGGUGGAAUAAUUACUGGAAUUGGUCGUGUUUCAGGAGUGGAGUGCGUCAUUGUUGUAAAUGAUUCUACUGUUAAGGGUGGUACUUACUAUCCUAUCACAGUGAAAAAGCAUUUGAGAGCACAAGAAAUUGCACUCGAAAACCGACUUCCAUGCAUAUACUUAGUUGAUUCAGGAGGUGCCAACCUUCCUCAACAAGCAGAGGUAUUUCCCGAUCGUGACCAUUUUGGACGUAUAUUUUAUAACCAGGCAACAAUGUCUGCUGCAGGAAUUCCACAAAUCGCGGUUGUGAUGGGAUCUUGCACAGCAGGUGGAGCUUACGUUCCUUCUAUGGCUGAUGAAAGUAUUAUUGUUGGCAAACAAGGAACAAUUUUUUUAGCUGGUCCACCAUUGGUUAAAGCAGCCACUGGUGAAGUUAUCACCGCAGAAGAACUUGGAGGUGCUGAUUUACACUGUCGAACAUCUGGCGUAACUGAUUAUUACGCUACAAAUGAUGAGCACGCACUUCAGCUUGCAAGAAAUGUUGUUGGCUCUCUUAAUUGGAUAAAAAAACCAAACAUCACGAUGAGAACACCAGAAGAACCUUUAUAUUCUGCAUCAGAGAUUGGUGGCAUUGUGGGUGAUAAUUUACGUAAACCAUUUGAUGCUAAGAAUGUGAUUUCACGGAUUGUUGAUGGAAGUCGCUUUCGUGAAUUUAAAGAAUUAUAUGGAACAUCAUUAGUUACUGGAUUCGGACACAUUCACGGCUAUCCUGUUGGGAUCGUUGCAAAUAAUGGCAUUCUUUUCUCGGAAUCAGCUCUAAAAGGAGCCCAUUUUAUUGAACUUUGUUCACAACGUGGGAUACCGCUCAUUUUUUUGCAUAAUAUUACAGGUUUCAUGGUAGGAUCAUCAGCAGAGGCAGGAGGUAUUGCUAAGAAUGGUGCAAAAAUGGUCACUGCUGUAUCAUGUGCAAAGGUACCAAAAUUUUCGAUAAUUAUUGGUGGUAGUUUUGGAGCUGGUAAUUAUGGUAUGUGUGGAAGGGCAUAUAGUCCACGAUUUUUAUGGAUGUGGCCGAACGCUCGUAUAUCUGUUAUGGGUGGUGAACAAGCAGCAAGUGUUUUGUCACAAAUUAAACAAGACUCAGCGACAAAAAAAGGCGAGGAGUGGUCGGCACAAGAAGAAGAAGAGUUCAAAAAUCCAAUUCGUGCUAGAUACGAACUUGAAGGACAUCCAUAUUUUUCGUCAUCACGUCUUUGGGAUGAUGGAGUUAUUAAUCCUGCGGAUACACGUAAGGUUCUUGGAUUAGCACUUAGUGCUGCUCUAAACGCGCCAAUUGAAAAAACACAAUUUGGAGUAUUUAGAAUGUAA